AGGGGUAACCAUCUUUACUAAGGGCGUGCUAUUCCAGGUGGCGCAUUGCAUUCUGGGCUGGACCGAUUCCGUUGCAAUAUUUGCGGUAGGGCUUCUUCAAAAUGGUUCCUAAGCUGAAGACGGAAAAUGUAUUUUGAGGCAAUACAACAUUUUGGCAGCAAUAGUGCGAACGACAUUUUUGUCGGAAGCGUGACUUCUGUAGGAACACUUGUAAGGAUGCUCUUUUUCUGGAGGACAACGGAAGUGGGAGGUCCUUGGGGGUUAAUUGCUCUGUGUUAACCCUUCUGCUGCCAGGUCAUGCAUCUUUUACUGCAACAACUUUUUGCCAAAGUUAUCCAUACACAAGUACCAUGCCGAAGGAUAGCAACGCGCAGAAUUACCCCGAAUAAGCUGGCAUCUUACUGGGAGAAAGUCUUCCGCGAACACGCCAUUCCCGAACCGUUGGAAAGCAGCCAGAUACUUGUAGCUCAUGCACUUGGGGCCAAGAAUUUUCACAGUUUAGGAUCCUGUGCGGCUCGCUCUCCCUUGUCUGUGGAUCAGCUGGCUCUCGUAGAGAAAAUGGCGCAAGAACGUCUGAAGAGGGUUCCAGUCCAGUAUAUUAUUGGAGAGUGGGACUUUCUAGACAUGACGUUAGAAAUGAGACCCCCAGUACUUAUCCCACGACCUGAGACAGAGGAACUUGUGGGCCUAGUGUUGGCGGAUUGUGAAGACCUGCGUCAUUCUACCAAGACUGCAGUUCUGGAGGUCGGUUGUGGGUCAGGAGCUGUGUCCUUAGCAUUACUCCGGAGGAUCCCUCAGUUGCAUGUUAUCGCUGUGGAUAAAUCAGAAGCGGCUGUGAAUCUGACCCAGGAUAAUGCCAAGAGGCUGGGACUGCAUCAUAGAAUUCACAUUCUCCAGCACAACAUAUUGACAGAUCCAAUAGAGCGACUCCAAGACCUGGGACCUGUAUCUGCAAUGGUCAGUAAUCCUCCUUAUAUACUCACCGAGGAUAUGACUCAGCUGGAACCAGAGAUCCUUAGAUACGAAGAUCACUCAGCAUUAGACGGAGGUCUUGAUGGCAUGGAUGUGAUGAAGGGGAUCCUGCGGCUUGCACCACUCCUGCUUAAGGCCCGAGGGGAUAUCUUUCUGGAGGUAGAACCUCGGCAUCCUGAGAUGGUGAAAAAAUGGCUUGAAAACCAUUCAGAGGGGAAACUGCAGCUUCUGAAUAUUGUUAAGGAUUUCUGCAGCAAGCCUCGGUUUAUCCAUCUACGGAGUUGCAGCUGAAGGUUUUUUUUUUGUGAACUCUCUGAACUGCCUGCACUGACACUGUGGAUGCCAAGACAAGUCACAUGGAUAGGUACUAAUUCCCUUCUUACUUUUGAAGAGAGCAGCUGAUGGAACUGAGAUACACAGGUUCAGUGAGGACGUUCUACUGAGCGUGAGUCAUUGGAGGUGCAUUAUAGAACAAUGUGAAAUAUUAUAUCCAGAACGUCAAAGUAGAACAUGUGACCCAUAUAUAGAAAAAGUCUUCUGUACAUUAAUACACAGCACCCUCAUAGGUUCCCUACUCCCAGGAAAAGACUUCCCUACCAUAAAUCAGAGAUACAGCAUUGUCACUAGUGAUGAUCACAGGGCUUAUCUUGUAUUGGAUUAAUCGGAUCAUUUAUAGUCCUACCCCAAGUCCUUGCACUUUUUUGCCUGGGCAAAAAAUUUCUUUUCUGCUGAUUAGAGACAGAUACUUAAAAAUGUUUUUUGUUUUUUUUUAUAAUCUGUUUUAUUGUUUUGUACAUUGGGCAACGAUCUUGCCUGAGCUAAGCAUUACAGCAGUCCCCAUGGGCAUAGUCAAGAAUAGACUGAAGCUGUCCAUUUACAGGAAUGGAAAAGGUGCCUGUGCAUGCUCUGUGACUUUUUCAGAGGUCAUUCUACAGGGAGGGGGAGGCUGAUCUGUGAGCAACAGCUAUUGUGUGUGUCUAUGUUAUCUAUAUACAGGUAUGAGAAUAAUAAAUUGCUUUACAU